AAAAUCACACCACAUACUAUCAAGUGAAAUGACUUAGCCGUUCCUGAUGAUUUUAAAUUUGAUAAUUACUUACCGUCAAUCAACUCACAGAAAGUCUCUCACAAUCAGUGUCUUCGGUGCCCUUUUUCUUAGAGUUAGUGUCCUCCACUUAUAAAAUCAGGAGUAUUAAUUUGCAAAAUGGAAGUUCCUCAGACGGAUCAGCUUUUAAGAUUGCUGCUCUUUUUCGGAACUGUCUCAUCCCUACUUGCCAUGGGGCACUACGGAAGAUUAUGGCGGCCACCUAACCGAGCCGAAAUGAACAGCAAAGUUGAGCACUUCGAAAUAUGCCCGGAUGUGAUAGAUAAGAAAUCAAACUUAACAUUCAUUCAUGUCCAAUUUAGACAGACCGUCACGGUGAUGCUGGGCAACAAGGUCCACGUCAAAGCACUGGGUUGCAAACCUCAUAAUAUUACGUGGGAAGCAGACAAUGGCACACUGCAUACACUUCUACUUGUGGAUCCAGAUUGGCCCAUCAAGAAACCUCGCACAAUAAACGAGUUCCCACACUGGAUGGUUGGAAAUAUUCCAGGGAGCAACGUUGAGAAAGGGGAAACCAUUAUCGAUUACGUUGGGUACCGUGCUACCAUUAUUGAUGAAAAUCCUCAUAGGUACACCUUUUUAGUAUAUGCGCAGCCUAGCCAUGAACCUAUUAAAUUUGAUGAGCCACGAUUGAACAACACACAAAUUUAUGAACGAGAGCGCUUUGCCAACUUUUCGGGUAAGAACAUAGCGAAGAAGUAUAACCUGAAGAACGUCGCUAUUAAUUUCUUUCUCGUAAGCCAUAAAAAGAAGUAUGUAAACGACGACUAUUUGAUUGACAUAGAAUACUGGGACGACUAAUCCUUUUAAUCAAACGUCGUGCGGAUAACAGCAUUAAUUAAAUUAAUAAAAAGGAGAAGCAGAACUGUCAGCGUGAGACUAAUUCUUUGCCUUUUCUUCUUUUUUUAUUAUUUAUAAACGCAUAACUUUAUAUAGAAUUGUCAUAACUACCGAAUAUGAUCUCUAGUAUCCACUGAUAUUGUUUAAUUUAGUUUACAUGAUUCAAUUUAACCAAACAUAUGAUAUGACUAUGACUAGGUCUCACCACAAGGGUCCGUGAAAUGUAAUCUCUACGUCCUUUAGAUUAAUUGCGGAUGUAUACUUAUAAAUCUGUAGAUUGGUAUAAUGUGAGUACUUAGUGGUAUAAUAUAAAGGUAAAAUAAAUAAGAUAGUAGUAGCUUGAUUAAUUGUUGUAAUUUGAUAGUGAGUGACUUUAGACUUUUAUUUAACAGACUUUUAGACUUUAGAAAAUAGACUUUUUUUUAGCUCAGGUUUUUGAGCCACAAAUAUUGUCAAAUUACCGCCAACUACAAUUUAACUACAAUUUUACCAACUGAAGGAAAAAACUUAAGACAAAUAACAGUAAAAACUAAAGUCAAAGUCGUUUAAAAGUCUCUCGGAGCACAUUAAAAAGGACCGAUUUAUUGUUUAUGUUACGCCAAAGUGUUCCUGUUGUCGAGUGGUGUUAAAGCCUAGUGAAAUAGUUAGUGACCUUUCACAUUUUUUGUUAUAUCCACGUUCGUUUUGUUAAAUGUACUUUCCGUUUUUCGUUUUGUUAAGUGUAAGUUGUUAUCGAACUCCGACUCUUUUCAUAGACUUGCUGACUGUGAACCGUGAAUGUGAACUUUUCUAAAAGCUUAAAAAUUAAAUAGAAAAAAAUAAAGUGGUUUUUAUUAUUGGAGUAACAA